AUGUGUCACAAGCUGCUCUCCAUCUACAACUGCCGCCAUACCGAAGAGUCCGUCCGGAGCUGCAGCAAACGGGACAGCACCAUCAUCAAACAACGCUGUCUAUCAGAUCUCCGACUCAUCAACCCAGACCAGCCCAUCAAAAUCCCCGGCAUAUGCUUCCAAUGCAGUCGCGAGCCUUUCCGCUUCAUGGACCUGCCCCGGGAACUCCGAGAUAUGAUCUACGCCUCUUGCGUCUCCGACUGCGAAGCUCCGAGAGCAUACCACUGGCCUCGCGAAGAAAGCUCUACGCGUGUUGUCAUCCGAGGCAAGCCAUGGAUGGGUCUCCUCCUCAGCAACCAUCAGCUCUUCCGCGAAUAUCGCGCUCGCAUCGUCAAGGGCGUCGAAGUCCUCUUGGUGGAUCAUUUCCGGCAAGGCAUGGCCCUCGAUGCCCCGAAACUCCAUCCGAACCUCUCCAAGGCGCCGAUCCAUUUCCGUCUCCUCCUGCUCGCGCCGUGUGAGCGGUGCGAGAAAGGCAUGAUCCACGCCCACUGCUACGUCAAGGAUGAAUUCAACUGUCAGCAACGCUGGGUCCAAACCUUCUCCGAAGACUUGGGAAAUCCGAAAAGCCUCCGCGUCAGGUUUGAUGUCUGGUGGCCACCCAAGUUCGGGGACGGGGAGAUCCAAUGGCCCGAUACGCCACACAUGGCGUUCAGAAUGGAAGAGAGUGCGCAGAAUUUCGUGCAGGUGGAGAAAUUGACGGAGUUGGAGAUUUGUCGGAUUCGUGGGACGGCGGAGUUGAAGGAGGGGACUAAUGGAUUGCAAAUGGAGCAGAAGAAUCAGGAUUUGGUGGCGAGAUGGACGGCGAGUGGGAAAUGGUAG